AUGGACUAUCGAUGCAAUUUUCUUGGUCUCACGGCAAUGAUAGAGUUUGUCAUGCAGGUGUGCGGGCUGCCUGCUGUCAGUUUUCAAAAGAUUAUCGAGGUCGUCAUACGUAACGAGUCACGCCUUACGAGAGAAAUAGUUCGACAUUUGAACCAUGUCGAAGAGAGAGUGCUUGAAGAAUUGGCUUGGACCAAAGAUAGCGCUUUGUGGACGGCGUUAAGUCGAAAACCUGACAGCGUACCAACAUGUGAUAAGCAUGGGGUAACCCAACAAGAAUAG